AUGAGUGCGGAAGAUCUGGAUGCUAUUGAAUAUCUGGAAUCCACUGAAGACGCCACAGACGCCGACGUAGACGAUGAGAUCAUCUUCUUAGAUGAGCCGCAAGAGGAGGAUCACGAGGGGGAGCAGGACGAGGGAGGAGCUCCUUGGAGAGGCAAAGGGUUGUUGUUUCGUGUGAUGCAAAAACGAAACAAUCAAGAGGCGACUGCUGCCGAAUGGCUGGAACUGUACGACAAGUGCCCCUCGUCCGCGCUGGUGCGCCUGAUGCAGCUCGUGGUGGACGCCAGUGGCAACCUGUACCAGAUACCCCCCGAGACCAAGGCCCCCUUCCAGUACGGGGACAUACUGCUGACGGCCAGGCAGGGGCUUAGAUGCACCAGCCGAAGUUACUCCUUGUAUUGGAGGAACGGCUGCACCACCGCCAGGCUGUCCUCCUUCGUGCGGUGUCUGGUGAAGGCUCUCGAUGCCAAAGGCCAUGCUGGUCAUGUUCUGAAAGAGUUCUCAGCGUUUGUUCUAGUGCUUUCCGAGUCGGAGGUGCGUUCCUUUCGCUACGCGGGCACACUGGUUGGUCUCAAAGUGAUGACUGGCAUGCUGGCUGCGGACGCGGUGAGGGCCACGGAUCUGGCGACUAUCUGGAAUGAAAUGUUGAGCCAACUGUUCGUGGGUCGUCGCCUGGACAUCGCGGACUCCAUACGCUGCCUGUGCUGCACGGAGCUCGCCCUGUGGCUGGCUACGUAUCCGGCGGUGGCCUGCCAGCUGGCAUCCCCGCACAUGCACUGGCUGUUCGAGGCCCUGGCCGACACGUCGUCGAAGGUGCGCGAGUGCUGUGUGCUGGGCAUAUCGCGGGUGUACGGCACCGAGGAUUUCCGUGUGAGGCUCUCCUGCCUGUCGCUGGUGGCGAAGUACAAGCAGUGUUUGCUGCUCGUCGCGACCGCGGACAAGGAGUGGGUGGUGAGCGAGCUGGCCCUACGCCUGCUCGCGCCCCUGCUACGCGACUCGCCCGAUCUGUGGAGCGAGGAGGAGAUGGCCACGAUCGAGGGCUUGAUGUUGAAUCAGAAUCGAUGCGUGGCCCAGGCAGCCGCCGCGAUCUUCACGCAGCGGCAUCUCAGCAAGGAGGAGGACGAGAUCUCUCGGAUACGUCGCGUGGUGGCGUUCGCCGAGAGGUUUCCGGAGUAUGAGCAUUGCGCCUACCUGGUGGAUGCCCUGAUCGAAAGGAGCAACGUGGUCCUGGCCUGGGCCCCCAUGGUGGAGAUGCUGCUGACGGGGGAGGAGCAGCAGAACGAAGACGGCAUCAUCAUUGACCUACUGACGCGUGCCGUGAGACAAUCGAUAACCGGCGCGAUACCCCCCGGACGCUAUACCAAAGAUCUGGUUAGGCAGGAGCCCAUCGCAGGGGCCAAGCAGACGGCCACACAAGUCCUGGCGCCCGUGAUGGACAGGCUCCUGCGAAAGUACGAAGGAAACUUGGCAAGUCUCUCGAAUCUGCUGGAACUGCCGCAGUACUUCGAUCACGAGGCAGAGGAGCACACCGAGCACUUGCCGCUGCUGAUCACAUGGCUGCAGAGGAUACUUUUCCCCCAGCAGGACGUGGCGGUGAUGCGCGUGGCCGCCGAGACUCUGAAGAAGGUCUGCGUGCCCUCGAACUGGCCGGAUAUUCGGGCGAUCCUGGCCACGGCCGUGAACAACUAUCAGGUGGAGCUCAGCAGCUGGUAUGCGGCUGCGAGUGCCAGGGCCACCAGUCGUCUGAUGGAGACCCUGCAACUGGUGGCCGCGUUCUGGCGGCACUUUGACCUCACGAAGAAUGAACUGCUGGGCCCCGUUCUGCAGAACCUGGAACAGAGUCUCCCGACAGAGGACAACGACAACGACAACGACAACGGCAACGCACUGCCGCGCGGCACCAUCCCCUUGUACUUGGAGAUGUGCUACUAUGGCCUCAUUUGGCGGCUAGCUGAUAAGCAGAAAGAUGCUGCCGCCAACGAGGAUCUCAAGUCGAGUCUCACGGCGGUCAUUCGUGCGGCAUUCAAAAUGAUCAAGUUGAUGCCACACAGUUCCUUCCCAUACGCCCUGACCACCAUCUGUGAUCUGUUUCUGCUGUUCGGCCGUAACCAGCAACAGCAGUCCAGGGACGCACCCUAUGUCUAUGUGCCAACGAUCCGGGAGUUUGAACUGCUCGAAGAACACCUGAUGAUGCAUCUGUUCGGUGCAGCGCCCGAUCAACUGCACCCGGAGGAGGUCUUCGAGCUCCAGAAGAAGCGGCAGGCCUUGACGGGAUACUGCAAAAUAAUGUCCUUUAAUGCAGUGCCCAUCAUGAGGUUCCGCUUCAUUCUGCAGCACUACGACAAGUACUUCGACGCCUUCGGGGACUUGAUGCACGCCGCCAUGGAGAAGUGCCUGUACCUAAAUGCCACCAACUAUGGCAUGACACUGAUGCACACGGGCGUGCUGGUCUUCGAAAGGGUGUUGAGGGCGAGUGGGGGGAGCGGAGUGCGUGCCGCCAGAGCCCCCGAGUUCGCGGAUCUGCUCAAACUCUGCAAACGCCUGGCGAAGACCCUCAACACUGAUCGACUGAGGAGUCGCCGAGGAGUGGUCGCCCUGCACCGCGCUGGCAUCUUGUAUGCCGCGCAGAACAUGGGCCACAGACUGACGCGCCGGCCGACCGUGAAGUUGCUCUUCUUGAGAGUCCUGGAGGUGUUUGUGCCACAGCUACUCUCGCAGGAUAAACUGGCGAUAUUGCAGCAUCUGGAGGAGAACAUUCCCGCAGAGCUGUCAUCGACCUGUCGCGAGGGCUGGGGGCCCCUGCACAGAUAUCGCACGGCCCUGCAACUGCGCCUCAAAUUCAGUCGCCGCCAAUGUACUAGCCCUGAUCCGAAUCUGGGGCACAAGCUGCAGCAGUGUGUGCCACAUCGAUCGGCGGACGGGGAAGCAGCACGGCAUCGCCUGGAGGACAAGCAACCCACCGGCAGUCCAACCGCCAGUGGCCUCCUUGUGAAGGAUGAGGACAGCAGCCCCCAUCACUGCCCCGUGGACUGCUAG